GCAUAGCAAGUAUAUGACAAUAACUAAUUUUUCUAGGGUUUAAUUUAUUAGGGGGUUUUGAUCGAUUGAGAUGGCGAAUCCACUCUACGGCUACAACACUUCAUCAUACGGAGCAGCAUCAGCUGCCGCUGCUGCUGCUAUUGCCGCCACCCCCAGUCUCUCAUCUUUCUACGCCUCUCGUUCUCUUUCCGACCCAUACCGGCCAGACUCCACCGCCCUCCGCUACAUCAGGUCGGAUCCACUGGAUCCAUCGUCCUCCAACUCCAAGUACUCCCUUUCCGAUCAACACCGUCGUUUUCUUCUUCGGGCCUCCUCAGCCACUUCCCCUACCGCUUCAAUGUACGAAGGCCUCCGCUACUCCACCACGCCAAAUGCCACGUCGCAUUUGGGCUCUCAGUCUUCAUGGCCCUCCGCGGAUGUCUCCGCCGCCGACUCCCUCCUCGCCGGCAUCAAACGCCCCUCUGAAGUGCUCUACCAUCAGACUGUUUUGGGUGCCCAUAACGCGAUUGGGCAAACUGAAGCUUGGUAUUCUACAAACUCUUUAGCCAAGCGCCCUAGAUUCGACAGUGCAAGCAAUUUGCCUAUAUAUCCACAGAGGCCAGGAGAGAAGGAUUGUGCCUACUAUAUGCUCACGAGAACCUGUAAAUUUGGAGAUAGCUGCAAGUUUGACCAUCCUAUUUGGGUUCCUGAGGGUGGAAUCCCAGAUUGGAAAGAGGUUCCACCUCUCGCUAUAAGUGAAUCCCUUCCUGAGAGACCAGGGGAGCCAGACUGUCCAUACUUUCUAAAAACUCAAAGAUGCAAGUUUGGUUUGAAGUGCAAGUUUAAUCAUCCAAAAGAUAAUUUGGUGACUCUGUGUGGUUCAGAAGAUGCUGGCAUAUAUGCCUUACCUGAUAGACCAUCUGAGCCCCUGUGUGCAUUCUAUAUGAAGACUGGAAAAUGCAAAUAUGGUCCAACCUGCAAGUUCCAUCACCCAAAAGAUAUUCAGAUAUCAUCAAUUGGACAACAGAAUGGUAAUGGUGAACAGACUGAAUCAACAAUUAAGACAGAAUGGGCAUUCGGAGAUGCAACACCAUCUAAUCCUCUUACUUCAUAUACCCCAGCAUUCAUGUAUAACACCAAGGGGCUUCCUGUAAGACUGGGUGAAGUGGAUUGUCCAUUCUACCUGAAAACUGGCAGUUGCAAGUAUGGUGCAACUUGUCGCUACAACCAUCCUGACCGUUAUGUAAUUAAUCCACCUGCUGCUGCAGUAGGCCAUCCCAUUGUAACCUCCCCAGCAACUAAUCUGAAUAUUGGAGUUGUCAAUCCAGCUGCCUCUAUUUAUCAGACUAUUGACCCUAGAUUGGCUCAGCCAACGGUGGGAGUGGGCCCAACAAUCUAUCCUCAACGACCUGGACAAAUUGAAUGUGAUUACUAUAUGAAGAUGGGGGAGUGUAAGUUUGGGGAAAACUGCAAGUUCCAUCACCCUAUUGACCGUUCUGCUCCAUCGCUGGCAAAUCAAGCUCUGCUACAAGCUGUUAAGCUCACGCUUGCCGGAUUACCUAGGAGAGAGGGUGCUAUCAUCUGCCCGUAUUAUUUGAAGACAGGCACAUGCAAGUUUGGUGCAACCUGUAAGUUUGACCACCCACCUCCCGGAGAGGUAAUGGCAAUGGCGACGUCACAAGGAACAUCGGUGACAGUGGGAGGGGACGAGGAAGAGUCUGAAUAGGUUCAGGCACAGCAACAGUGGGGGUUUGUCUUUUUAUAGGAUUCAUUUGUUUGCCUUUGUUUUUCUUAUGACAUACUACAUAUACCACUUGUCCUACUAACCUGUGUUGUGUGAUUUGUGGCAACUGUCAAGGCAUCACUGAUGGACCCGAAUUACUAUUAGUGGUUAUGUUUUUGCAUAUAUUAUUUACCUUUUUUUUCUUUUCUUUUUUUUUUUUUUUUUUUUUUUUCUGUUUUAUGAUGAUCAAGUUGUUGAAUCUUAAAGUUGGUGCCAUUGUUUAGAAAUAUGUGUGCACAAUCAGUAAAAAUAGAGUAUUGCCUGAUAAUGUAUGUGUGAAUUAUUAA